AUGCCUCUCUCAGGAGUCCCCAGAGCCAUGACUGCAACUGUGCAGACGCUGCGGUUCAAGCUGCUGCCACCCCCUGACUGCGGUGAUCUCUUCACAGGCUAUCGCUGCUUCAAGGCCGUCAUGUUCCUGACGGGGCUGAUGUUUGGCUCCAUCAUCAUCUUCAUGCUGUGCUACAAGGAGCGGGUGCUGGACACACAGCUGAGCGUGGAGGCCUCGGUGGGCAUUGGGCUGGGCAUCGGGGUCCUGUGCGGCCUGGUCACCAUGUUGGACUACUUCAUUGAGCUCUUCCUCCUGGUGCAGUACAUCUAUGAGCGCAUCAAGGUGGCCCCUGCUCGCCCUGUGUGCUGGUACAGCUGGGUCAUCCUGGGCAUCUGGCCGGUCCUCACCACGCUGGGUGUCCUGGUCCAGUGGAAGGUCACAGCUGAGGGCUACUCCCACACAGAAGUGAUCAUCAGCCGGCAGCAGCGCCGCGUGCAGCUGAUGCGCAUCAAGCAGCGGGAGGACCGAAAGGAGAAGAAGAAGAAGCGGAGACCCCACCACCCACCACCCCACCAGCACAAAGCCCCUCCACCCGAGCCUGCCUACGCCAGGAGCAGAGCCCCCCUCACUUUCUGUCCCCCCUCUCUUGCGCAGAGCUACAUCCAGAGUUUCCGAGAGCGGCAGACGGGGCCGUCCCUGAACAGCCUCAUCACCAGCUCCCAUGCCGUGGUGGACCUGGACUAUGACUGCAGCUCCACCGUGCCCCUCACCACGGGCUCUGGCCCC